UAAUAGUUUUCCGUCGCAAAUUGGAUAUCAUGAAACGACAUGAGUUUCUGUGGGAGCCUUACACAGCAACUGUUAUGUCGAUGUUGCCUCCCAUUUGUUUGGUUGGCAGUAUGGCGUGGUGCGCAGUGGUGCCACUCAUUUGUUUCCAUGUUGUAGAGUGGCACCAACCGGAUAGAGUGUUGCGACAAUUUGGAAUGCAACAACCUAUUCCGGAGUCUCCUUCGCAACCAUGGAAUGUCCACGGGCUAACACUGAAAGGCAAAAUGGAUGAAAAUUGGUUCCAGCUGUUGGCCCCAUUUAUCAGUCAGUGGAAUAAUCGAGCUGAGUUUAGGGUCGACGUUUAUGCUCGACAAGAGGGCCUAUUGAGUUUUAACUCGGAUUACAUGGUGUGGUAUAGGCGCAAAACAAAAAUGUUUAUCGACCCAAACAAUGCAAACACGGCUACAUUGGGUGAAGUUACCGAGACAUUGCAGUAUAUGGUGUCACCACAAGGGCGAAACACAUGGACAGUUGAUGAUCUCGUGCCAUAUGUGGAAAAGUUAGCGAUUUUAUCCCAAGAGCAAGAGAGGAUCACUGAGCCUGUGGCACAUGGUCCAGCAUCAGAGCGUCGAUUUCCCCCACAACAGUUUCACAUGCUUCAGUCAAGUGUUGAAACUCGAGGUUUUGACAGACGAAGGGAGAUUGUUCAAGCGGAAGAUUUUUCCCAACAUAUGGAGUAG